GGCUGUAGAAUGUACAGUGAAGCUUACACGUGAAGGUCAGGACCACGAGUAUUGAAGAAAUACUUCGCGUUGAAUCAUACAUCAUACAUAAAUCUAUGUAAUGGACGCGCAGGGAGCCACGACUGACCCCCAGCUUCAGCAGUUCAUCGAGAUCGAGUCUCAAAAACAGAGGUUUCAACAGCUGGUUCACCAGAUGACAGAAGUCUGUUGGGAGAAAUGCAUGGAUAAGCCUGGCCCAAAGCUCGACUCCAGGGCAGAAGUCUGUUUUGUGAACUGUGUUGAGCGGUUCAUUGACACCAGUCAAUUCAUCCUCAACAGACUGGAACAAACUCCGAGGACAAGAGGCUCCUUCUCUGAGACCAUAACAGACUAAUAGUAAUCUAAAUCGAAAAGACUGCACCAGAAGUCAUCUGUUCCUGCUGUAGUUAGGUAACUGUCUUUAUACAAAGUCAACAUCCUACCCUAACCCCCAAAGUGCCUCAAAGUGUCCCGCUUUGCAUUGCAUGCAGGUUAGAGGAUGAGCAGUGUCUUGUAAAAGGCAAAGUUGCUGUAACAGUAUUUGUUCAAAUAUGCAUAUGGAAUAAAGUAAGGUGAAAUAUUUAUCCCGCUGCUAUGUUGUUAGGAAAUAACAAAUUGUUAGUUUAUGAUGCUUCACCCCUGGUUUAGUUAAUGAGGGUUUUAAAUGUUUAUUCAUUGGGUAGAAUUUGCUGAUUCUUAUGAAUGUUUAGAAGUUUGCUUGAUUGUUUGAAGGUUUUUUCAGAUCAUGUAAUGAACAAACCUUUGAAGAAAUGGGCAGACUUGCUGAUUGUGUUUUAUAAAACCAAUAUGCAAAUAUAAAUAUAUAUAUAUUAUAUAAAUAUAUAUAAUACCAGUGCUAAUGCAAAUGUACUUUGUCCCUGCAUUCAUUUAACUGGUCCGUAAACACCCUUGUCUAGGACAGUUCCUCCUUUCAAAUGAUUGGCUAAAGUCAGAGUUUCUUAUAAAUUCUUAGUUUCUAGUUGUUUAUUUUGAAUUAUGUUUUGGAUUAUUGUAAUACUGAAUGAUCCAUCUUUGGUCAAGACAAAACUUGUGGUCAAAAUAUCCAAAUAAUUUUGAGAAUUCAUGAUGCAGCCCGAGAGAGGGGUUAAACAGAAAUGGGCUUACUAUAUAACGAUAUGGUUGAUUUAACCAACUGAGUGCUAAGAUUUCUUUCUGGCUAUUGCUAACUAAGCUAACUGCCUAGUUAGCAAUAGCCAGAAAAAAUUUACAAUUAUUUAAUAAUUGUAAAAUGUUACAAGGUGUGGGCUCAGCUGGAGUGUAAAUGAGGAACGUUAGAACAGACAGGGUGGAUGCUGUCCUGUAGUUGUUUGGCUGUCUUUCAGCACAGCAUUUCACAAAUAGAUAAUAGAUUCAUGAAAAAUCACAGUGGAAAUUAUUUACAUUUCCAUCAAAUUGUAGUACUGAUGCUUAGCUCUGGUUACUGUUUGCAUAAACCAUAUUCCAUUUUACUGGAUUUUUAUUCAAUUUGAUAGGCACCUUUGGUAAUUAUGGAGUUACCAAAUUAAUUGUCAUUCAUCUGUCAGGAAAAAAAUCAAGAUCUUUUGAUUCAUUCCGAUGCCAAAACUGAGAAGACAUUCAUGCCAAUAAGACAAACAUAUUGAAAACUAGUUUAUAUCAGGCUACAUUUCCAGUAUGUCAAUGCUUAGAGC